UUUACCCCAUCAUAUAUUACUGUCAUUCCUUGCUAAAGUUUGAGAUUCCCUUAGCUUUCAAAGAAGGAAGGAAGUUUUUAGAGUCAUUUUGAAAGCCAAAAACUCAGCUGUUUCAUAUGUUUGAACUCCUUUUUUGGUGAACAAUUGUCCCAACAACUGAAAGAUUUCUUGGGUCAGCUCCAAAAUCUGAUGAUCUGUUGUCCCCUCAACACUAGAAAAAAGGAUUAUUUUGUUUGAUUUUUGGAGAUGACGAUGGAGCAAAAAUUGAAGAAGAGAUCAUAAAAGAUGUUGAGAGAUUCAAAAGAAAAGGGUUGUGAAGCAAAACAAGAGGGAAUUAUUGAUGGAAAAUACAGUUUUCCCAGGGCUCCCACAAGUUCUAGACAAUGGUCAGGAUUCAGAAAUCCAAGAAUUGUUAGAGUUUCUCGUUCAUUUGGAGGCAAAGAUAGGCAUAGCAAAGUUUGCACAAUUAGGGGUUUGAGAGAUAGAAGGAUAAGACUUUCAGUACCAACAGCAAUUCAGCUCUAUGAUCUUCAAGACAAGCUCAAACUUGGGCAGCCUAGCAAGGUCAUAGAUUGGCUCCUCGACGUCACGAAGCUCGAUAUCGACAAGCUCCCCCCGCUCCAAAUCCCGGCAGGGUUCUCUCAAUUUCACCACCCGAUGUCGUUGUUCCCAGCUCAAUAUGAUUAUUCUAGUUCUUCUUCUUCGCAGUUUUGUUCGCUCCCUCAUCCCUUUGCUGUUGACACGAAGGAUUCAACGACGACGCAUCUGAAUCAGACAACGAUGGAGAAAACGAAGCUUUGGGAUACGGAUUUAGUACCGCAAGAGAAAGCAUCUUUGGCGACGAAAGGGAAGUGGAUUGAUCAUGGAAGUAACAGCCAGCAAGUGGAAGAUUAUAAUGAGCAAAUUUCAGCUCAAAAGUUCAUCUCAAUAAACAAUUAUUCUAAUUCUUACCAUUACAAUACUUGUGAUCAUCAGCAUUCACAAUUUGGGAACAAUAAUAAUGGAGUUUUUCCAUCACAAGUUGAGGCCCAAACAAGUUCUUCUUCUGGGUCUGCCCUAUUCUUCACUCCCUAUGCUUCAUAUAUCACCAACCCAUUUGAAAGCCACAUCCAUUUCUUGAGCUCAAAUUCACAUGCUUUGCCCAAUCCCUUCAUGCCUCCCAAUUCACCUCUCCAGCCUUUUGGCUCACAAAACUUGAAACCCUUUCCAGCAAACUUCAACCUGAAGCAGCUGCUUCACGAUGGCGGUUCCGGUAAAGACGGGGCGGACGGGAACUCGAGAGCUAGCUAGCAUCUGUGGAAGGCCGAGCAAAUUCAUCUUAGAUUUUAAAUGAUUAUAUAGAGAAGUUAAGGUUUUAAAGUUUUCUCUCUAAUUUGUCCUUCGGGUCGUGGUAGAAAACCACGAGCGAGCACUAUAAUUCAGUUAGACAUGGGAGCCACUUUGAAUUCUUCAAAAUAUACACAAGUUAAUUAGGAUGCAAACUCUCUCCUUGAAGGGUGGGAUUUGGAAAUGAAACUUCAUUCUUCAGAAGAGCUUGUAGAAAAAAGUGAACUUGUUUUGAGAAAUUUGUAAGUAUAGUGUCAUUAAUUAUAUAUAUAGCUACCU